CGCAGGGAAACGCUUCUGUCGGUCAUCUUAUUUUGGUGGGAUAAACCCGGAAGUUGUUUGCCUUCUUGAAAACAGCAAAUUUUAGCAGCAGGGUGCUGCUGACUCCCCAUUUAGGAGUGUUUUUGUGGGUCAUGUUUAUGUUUUAAACCUUUUUCGAAGGGAAUGUAUAGUGCCGACCACAUCCGCGAAGAGUUGGAGGAUGAGCUCUAUCAGGAUGGAGACUCGGAAGGGUCAGAGGUCAACAGUGAAAUGGAGUUUCACCUCUACAGCCAGCUCCACUACUCCUCCAAUGCUGCAGAGAUGGAGGAGCAGGGGGAUGAUGAAGAGAAGGAGAAUGACCGUUUGGGUCUGGAUAACCAGCAACAUGAGAUGCUAGGAACGACUGGAAGUGGUGACAGUAAUCUGCCUUUAAAAAAUGACAAUAAGCUUUCAUCAUCUAAUGAUGACAGCCUCCAGCCAACCAAAAAGAAGAAGAAAGUCAAGAAACAGAAGAUUAAGAAGAAAACUGACUCCAAAGAUCAGAGAUUAUCCUCACUGUGUUGUGAAGAGGUUAUUGUGAUCGAUUCCAGCCCUGAUUGCAUCUCCAUCUCUGAUGAGUCCUCUGAUGAUGAUGAUGGGGUCUGUUCACUCAAGGGUCAAGGCUCACACAAGCUGCUGACUUCAACACCGGCACAACAGGAAAUACAAAAGAGAAAAAGAAGCUCCGAUGUGCCAGUGACCGUGGUUUCCUGCAGCUCAGCUGAUUCAGAAUCCACAUUAGAGUCGGACUCAUCAGAUUCAGACGGUCUAGAAAACUGGAUGCUGCUCGGUCAGGGGAUGCAGGAUGGAGACCAGUCCAUCUCACUCAACCUGGAAGGAGGUUCUGUCAGCAGCGCAGAUUUUGAAGGAGGAGGAACCUGGUUGGUUUCAGAAAAAGACAAGGAGGCUCAGAUCUAUAACAAAGGCAAUGGUCCCAGGAUAACGGUACAACGGGUGUCGAACAGAUAUUAUACUAACAAGAACGUCCACUGUAGAAACUGCAACAAGACCGGACAUAUCUCCAAGAACUGCUCUGAAUCCAAUAAGUUGUUGCCCUGUUACCUCUGUGGUACAGCAGGCCAUGCAGCCAGUGAGUGUCCCAAUAAACACUGCCGCAACUGUGGCCAGCCCGGACACUGCUUUGAUUCCUGCCGUGAGAAGGCCUAUUGGUACAAACAGUGCCAUCGCUGCAGCAUAAAGGGACACUUCAUUGAUGCUUGUCCAGAGAUCUGGAGACAGUAUCACAUUACAGUGAGUAUCUUUUCAUUAAGUCAACUCUGUCAAGCCCUGCUGCGCUCACAUUCACCUUAACACUGCUUCACAUGU